CGGGGGCCGCCGCGGAAGGGGCGGGGCCGGCGGCGGGCCGGGAGCGAUGGCGGCGGAGGCGGAGCUGGGGCGUGUGGCGGACGUGGAGAUCGACGGCGGCGGCGUCUUCAAGUAUGUGCUGCUGCGGGUGCGCCCCCGCCACGCCGCGGCCGGGAAGGAGGUGGUGCGGGGCCACGGCUGGGCCGAGUACCACGCCGACAUAUACGACAAGGCGGCGGCGGAGCUGGAGCAGCAGGGCUUCGACUGCGAGUGCCUGGGGGGCGGCCGCAUCUCCCACCGGCACGAGGAGAAGAAGAUCCACGUCUACGGAUACUCGGUGGGCUUUGGGCGAGCGAAUCACUCGGUGACUACAGAGAAGCUGAAAGCAAAGUAUCCGGACUACGAGAUCACUUGGGCAGACGAAGGCUAUUGACGUGAUCCGGUGGGGCAGCAGCACUGGCACCAGCCUGGAGCUGGUGGGGCCACCUCCAGCACUCAGGAAAUGGCAGCAGGGGCCCUGUGCUCAGCAGCACCUGGGCUCCACUGUGUUUUCCUUGGCAUUUAAUUUGCUGCACUGAUGAGCUUCCAUCCUCCAGGGGAACUUGCCCAUCUCCGCUGUCACUGGACUUUCCAUGUGCCAUGGACUCUUCCCAUCUCCCUGCCAUGAGCCGCAAAGCCCUACAGUUGAAGUCCUUACCUGGCUGAAGCUGGUGGGCACUCAGCCCUGGCCUCCCCCCGGCACGGGUUUGUCCCACGUGUAUAUGAGGAUUAAACAUGUUGGGGAGUGCACUGUCCCUGCCCAUC